CUGGACAUACUCACUAUAGGUGUAUAAAACCUCCCCCAACUCCACCGUUUUUUCUCAUCACUUCCAAACCACAAAACAAAGCUACCUUCAUUCCUCCUAAACCCCGGUUUUCUUGGAUAUCCUAAGGAGCAAAAUCAUUCAUUCAACAAUAAAAAAAUGGCCUCAACCAUAGCACUACCCUUCUCAACCCAAUCAAAACCCCACCACCACCUACCGGAAUCCAAUGUGCUCAGAAAAAGAAACGAAGAGUUAGAGAAGGAAUUAAAAAAGAGCGUAGAAAGGGAAGAGAAAAUGAAAGAAGAGCUGCAAAAAACAUGGAAAAGGUUAAAGGUGGCUGAAGAGGCUGAGGAACGACUUUGUUCUCAGCUAGGAGAACUUGAAGCUGAGGGUGUGGGCCAAGCACGGGCUUACAGGGCCCGUUUGAUCAAUUUAAUGGAACAGCUUUCACAGGCACAAAAACUUCUUCAAUCAAAUUCUCAAUGAUCGUUGGAAAUAUUGGCCUUGAAAUAAUAUCCCAAUUUUUAGUGUAAUUGAAAAAUUAGUGUACCAUAUAUGCAUGGCAUGGACCUAGCCUAGGUAGUUUUUUUCAUUUUCUGGGUGUUGGUGUUUAAUUUUAUUUUCCCCCUCCGAGGUGUAGUUGGAGUUUUUCUUGUAUAUUACCUUAAUAAUUGUCUUCUUCUUAAUGGUAUUGUACGUGAGGUUAAAACUUA